GGCGGGCGCAGCCCGGGAACGGAGGCCGGGCGGGCAGGUGCGGCUGCCUUGGUGACCAUUUGUCCUGCAGUUUGUCCGGACCCAGGCUGUCCUUCUGUGUGCUGGAAUGAGGUGAACAUGUCCAUGAGCCUGGCAGGGAGGAAUCCUCCAGCCUCUUCUUCUCUGGUGCACCAGGUUGUUGGCGGGCCCUGACAUACAAGUAAGCGGGAACGUCAGAGCAGGAGGAGCAAGUGGAGCCAUCAGGAUACCCAGGCCCAUGGGGCAGGAGGCCCUGGUCACUGCAGGAUUGGGGCAGAAGACAAGAGGUGGCCAGCGGUGAGGGAGGCACCCUCCCUCCCCGCGCUCGCGCCUCGCGGCCAUGCGGUUUGGGACAGGACACCCCUGAGAGUGCAGGCACCUCCCUCUCCUACCCCUCUAUCCCUUCAGGGGCCACCUCCUGGCCCCCCACCCGGUCCCCCUGGGCAGGCUGAGUGGGGGCUCCCUGCAGGGCGGUCCCGAUGGCCGGGCUCAGGUGGGGCGUGCUGUGGGUGUGUGUGGCAGCCGCCACCCUGCUCAACGCAGGCGGCUUGGCCCGCGGGGACUGCUGGCUGAUCGAGGGCGACAAGGGCUUCGUGUGGCUGGCCAUCUGCAGCCAGAACCAGCCGCCCUACGAGGCCAUCCCGCAGCAGAUCAACAACACCAUCGUGGACCUGCGGCUCAACGAGAAUCGCAUCCGCAGCGUGCAGUACGCCUCGCUCAGCCGCUUCGGCAACCUCACGUACCUCAACCUCACCAAGAACGAGAUCGGCUACAUCGAGGACGGCGCCUUCUCGGGCCAGUUCAACCUGCAGGUGCUGCAGCUGGGCUACAACCGGCUCCGCAACCUCACGGAGGGCAUGCUGCGCGGCCUGAGCAAGCUGGAGUACCUGUACCUGCAGGCCAACCUCAUCGAGGUGGUCAUGGCCAGCAGCUUCUGGGAGUGCCCCAACAUCGUCAACAUCGACCUGUCCAUGAACCGCAUCCAGCAGCUCAACAGCGGCACCUUCGCCGGCCUGGCCAAGCUGUCGGUGUGUGAGCUCUACAGCAACCCCUUCUACUGCUCCUGCGAGCUGCUGGGCUUCCUGCGCUGGCUGGCCGCCUUCACCAACGCCACGCAGGCCUACGACCGGAUGCAGUGUGAAUCGCCACCCGUCUACUCCGGCUACUACCUCCUGGGCCAGGGCCGCCGCGGCCACCGUAGCAUCCUCAGCAAACUGCAGUCAGUCUGCACCGAGGACUCGUACGCGGCCGAGGUGGUCGGGCCCCCCCGCCCGGCGCCGGGGCGCUCACAGCCGGGCCGCUCCCCGCCUCCCCCGCCUCCCCAGGAGCCCAGUGACGCGCCCUGCAGCGACGACGAGUGCUUCUCCGGGGACGGCACCACGCCACUGGUGGCCCUGCCCACGCUGGCCACGCAGGCUGAGGCCCGUCCCCUCAUCAAGGUCAAGCAACUCACGCAGAACUCGGCCACCAUCACCGUCCAGCUGCCCAGCCCUUUCCACCGGAUGUACACCCUGGAGCAUUUCAACAACAGCAAGUCCUCCACCGUGUCCAGGCUGACCAAGGCCCAGGAGGAGAUUCGCCUUACCAACCUGUUCACGCUCACCAACUAUACCUACUGCGUGGUGUCCACCAGCGCCGGGCUGCGUCACAACCACACCUGCCUCACCAUCUGCCUGCCCCGGCUGCCCAGUCCACCCGGUCCGGUGCCCAGCCCCUCCACGGCCACCCACUACAUCAUGACCAUCCUGGGCUGCCUCUUCGGCAUGGUGCUGGUGCUGGGCGCCGUCUACUACUGUCUGCGCAGGCGGCGGCGCCAGGAGGAGAAGCACAAGAAGGCCGCCUCGGCGGCUGCGGCCGGGAGCCUGAAGAAGACCAUCAUUGAGCUCAAGUACGGGCCGGAGCUGGAGGCGCCCGGCCUGGCCCCGCUGUCCCAGGGCCCGCUGCUGGGCCCCGAGGCCGUGACGCGCAUUCCCUACCUGCCGGCGGCUGGCGAGGUGGAGCCGUACAAGCUGGUGGAGAGUGCGGACACGCCCAAGGCCAGCAAGGGCAGCUACAUGGAGGUGCGCACUGGGGACCCUCCGGACCGCAGGGACGGCGAGCUGGGCCGGCCGGGCCCCGACAGCCAGAGCUCGGUGGCCGAGAUCUCCACCAUCGCCAAGGAGGUGGACAAGGUCAACCAGAUCAUCAACAACUGCAUCGAUGCGCUCAAGUCCGAGGCCACCUCGUUCCAGGGCGUCAAGGCAGGGCCGGCUUCCGCCGCGGAGCCGCCACCGCUGGUGCUGCUGUCCGAGCCGCUGGCCGCCAAGCACGGCUUCCUGGCGCCCGCCUACAAGGACGCCUUCGGCCACAGCCUGCAGCGGCACCACAGCCUAGAGGCGGCCGGGCCCCCGCGCGCCGGCACCUUGUCGUCGGGCGGCUCCGCACGCAGUCCCCGCGCCUUCCGCGCCGAGGCCGUCGGGGUGCACAAGGGCGCGGCCGCCGAGGCCAAGUACAUCGAGAAGAGCUCCCCCGCCGCGGCCGACGCCAUCCUCACCGUGACGCCCGCGGCCGCCGCGCUCCGGGCCGAGGCCGAGAAGGGCCGCCAGUACGGCGAGCACCGGCACUCAUACCCCGGCCCUCACCCGGCGGAGCCGCCCGCGCCCCCGGGGCCACCGCCGCCAGCCCACGAGGGUCUAGGGCGCAAGGCGUCCAUCCUGGAGCCCCUGACCCGGUCACGGCCCCGCGACCUGGCCUACUCGCCGCUGUCCCCGCAGUACCACAGCCUGAGCUACUCCUCCAGCCCCGAGUACACCUGCCGCGCCUCCCAGAGCAUCUGGGAGCGCUUCAGACUGAGCCGCCGGCGGCACAAGGAGGAAGAGGAGUUCAUGGCGGCCGGCCACGCGCUGCGCAAGAAGGUUCAGUUCGCCAAAGAUGAGGAUCUGCACGACAUCCUGGACUACUGGAAGGGCGUGUCGGCCCAGCACAAGUCCUGAGCCUCCCAACCCCUCUCCCCCAGACCCGCGACGCCCACUGGACCAAAAAGGAUGCAGGAUCCACCCAGAGACUCAGCACCAAACUCAACACACGCACAACACGACAGCAACUGUGAACGCCGGGGGUGGGGGGCCCUGCAGAGGCGAGGUGGGGGCGUGGGCAGGGACAGACCCGGGGGACACGUCCCCAGCUCAUGUGGCCGCCCCGGGCAGCACAUGUCCACACACACACACACACACACACACACACACACACACACACAAGGGACUUCGGAAAAC